AUGUCACUAAAAGUCGGUCUUAUAAUAACUCUACUGGUAUCUGCUCUUUUUCCGGAAACGCAGGGAGAUUGCUAUGGGAUGUUUUUUCUGUGUAGAAAUUUGUUGCAGACAGUCCAAGAGUACAAAGUAAACUUACAGACUCAAAUGCAAAACUUGAACGAAGCAGUAGAAAACAAGAAGGACCUUAAGGGUCCAAAUUCCCGUCGUCCA